AUGGAUUACAAUAUUGAUUUGAAUUUUCCAAUCCUAAAUCAUGAGGCAGAAGUUUUGAUUGAUUUAAACCAAAUUCCAAGGAUAGAAGAAGAUGAUCUUAGUCACGGCGAUGAAGUUUUUGAUCAUCCUAUUAAUCAUAAUCCAGAAAACGAUGAUCAGUUUCAAGGUGAUACGAUUCUACCAAGCGGUAGAAGAAAUGUUUCUAAUCAAGAGAGAUGGGCAAUUUUCAGUGCUUUGCUAGCAAGAAGUGAUAAUGGUAAUCUCAACAGAUAUCAUACAAAAGAAGUUUCAGAUCUUUUUUCAGUGCCUAUACAAAUCGUACGGAAGAUUUGGCGAAGAGCAAAAGAAACAGCUAAAGAUGGAAAAGUUGAUGUAUCUCAUAGAAGAACUGGAAAUUGUGGUCGUAAGAAAAUUGCACUUGAUGUGGAUAAAGUUGCCACCAUUCCAUUACAGAAGCGCACAACUUUGAGAACGUUUGCCAUAGCUAUGGACAUGAGUCUUGGAACAUUACAUAGGCGUAAGAAAGAAGGAGCUAUUCGACGUCAUACCAAUCCGAUCAAACCACAUUUGAAGGAAGCAAAUCUGAAAGGUAGACUAGAAUUUUGCAUUUCUAUGCUCGAUAAGAAUACUCUACCUCAUGAACCGAAGUUUGUUGAUAUGUACAAUAUUGUGCAUAUCGAUGAAAAGUGGUUUUAUAUGACGAAGAAGACCGCGAAAUAUUAUCUACUUCCGGUUGAAGACGAUCCACAUCGUACAUGCCAAAGUAAGAAUUUUAUUGGGAAAGUAAUGUUUCUAGCGGCGAUGGCUCGUCCAAGAUUUGAUGAGGAAGGAAAUGAGGUAUUUUCUGGAAAAAUUGGUAUCUUUCCAUUUGUUACUUUGGAAGCAGCUAAGAGGCGGAGUAAGAAUAGAGAUGCAGGAACUUUGGAACUAAAAGCAUCAACUUCUGUUAAGAGGGAGGAUAUAAAGGCAUGCUUGAUUGAAAAAGUUCUUCCCAAAAUUUAUGAAAAGUGGCCAAGAGAAGAUAGGGGAAAGACUAUUUUUAUCCAACAAGACAAUGCGAGGACACAUAUCGCAUGCUCGGAUACAGAUUUUCAAGAAGCAGCGUCAAGAUAUGGCUUUGACAUACAGUUGAAGUCUCAACCACCGAACUCGCCAGAUCUAAAUAUUUUAGAUCUUGGAUUUUUUAGUGCCAUUCAAUCGCUGCAACAUAAAGCAUGUCCAAAAACCAUAAAAGAUCUUGUUUGUGCGGUAGAAGAGUCAUUUGAAAGGUAUCCUACAAAUCAGGUAAACCGUAUCUUUUUGACUCUUCAAUCUUGUAUGCUAGAGAUCAUGAAAGUUGGAGGAUCAAACAAGUACAAGAUACCGCAUAUGAAGAAAUCUACAUUGGAAAGAAAUGGUCUUCUUCCAAACAAUUAA